AUUCAAUCUAUUUUGUCAUUAUAUAAAACAACAAUGAUAAUUUUCAACGAUAUUUGUUGAUUUUUUUAAACGAAAAAGUGUUUUAUGUUAUGCUUUCCCUACUUUAAUCAAUUUGUGAUAUUCUCUGCACUUUCUUUCCCAAAUCAUGGCAUACAAAGGGUUAAACUCGGAAAAAUUUGAAGAUUUGGGCCUAGAACUUGACGUAUUGUGUUCCGGAAUUCAGGCAGGGAUUGAGAAAAUUCAGAAACUCGAUGGAGAAUUCAAAAAGCAAAAGAUUCGAGAAGUUCAGAAACAAAUUGAAGAUUCCAAGAUAAUUCUUGAAGAAAUGGAGGAGGAGGCAGUCAUGGCCCCUGGGACGUAUAGAAAUAAAAUGAAUGCACAAGUUCGUAACAAAACACGGGAACUUGAGAAGAUGAAACGCGACCUGAAUAAAAUCACAAGUGGUUUUCAAGCUUCAUCUGCAAGGGAUGACCUACUCUCGUCAAGGCCAAAAGAAUACGACCCUGAUGCCAGUCAAAGAAAUCAACUUGUGCAUGGCACAGAGAUAUUAAACCGAACUUCAGAGAGCAUAGCAAGAUCUCAACAAGUUGCUGCAGAAUCAGAACAAAUUGGCGUUGAAAUCAUAGAUGAUUUGGAUACGCAGAAGGAAUCCUUGAUACGGUCAAGAGACAGGUUACGUGAAACUGACCAAGAUUUGAGCCAAAGCAGAAAGAUUUUGAAUCGCAUGGCAAUCAGGGUUGCCACAAAUAAAUUGAUAAUGGGUAUCAUCAUUUUGGUUGAACUAGUGAUCAUUGGAGCGAUUGUAUAUAUUAGAUUCAUUAAAUAGCUGCAAUCAUUCAAAAAAAUGGUUUAAAAUAAUUAAAAUAAAUCAAUUUUUUAAUGCACACAUCUCAGACUCUAGAUAUUUUCCAUGAAUGAAGGGAUUAUAAUUUCCAUUGCUAGCGUGUAAAGAUUAAUGUAAGAAUAAUUGAACACUUACAAUAGUUGGAAAUAAGAAAAUU